AUGUCUCCGAUAGCAGAACCUCUCACCGAAGCCCAGAAAGAGCACUUCCGGACCACCGGCUGGCUGAAGCUAAGCAACUGUUUUACCAAAGAGCAGGCAGAAUGGUUGACAAAAGACGUCUGGACCCGUCUGGGCAUGGACCCAAUCGAUAGGUCAACCUGGAAGCACCGUACAAACAUGCCCUCCCACCGCACGUUCGACUGCUCCGAGUUCGCACCGAAAGCAUGGGCAGCCAUCUGUGAAGUCUGCGGCGGCGAAGACCGCAUCGCACCCGACUCGAAAUACUGGCGUGACUCCCUCAUCGUGAAUCUUGGCAGCCCCGAGUUUGAGGGGCAAGAACAGAACCCCAAGGACCUCGACAGCUGGCAUGUGGAUGGCGACUUCUUCGUCCAUUAUCUCGACUCCGCAGAGCAGGGCCUGCUCGUCAUACCCCUCUUUACGGACAUCGUCCCCGGCGGCGGCGGGACUGUGAUUUGCCCCGAAGCAAUUCCAAAGGUUGCGAAGCAUUUGUACGAACAUCCGGACGGGGUCUCGCCACGGAUGGUGCCACGGGGUCAUCCCGACUUUGCCGCAGAGAGGAACCUAAAUUGGUUCAACUCGCUUGCUGAGAGCUGUGGGGGUUUUUUCGAAGCUGUUGGGCAGGUUGGCGAUGUGUACCUCCUCCAUCCAUUGAUGCUGCACAGCGCGUCGAAAAAUCAGCUGCGGAAGUUGCGUAUCAUCACAAACCCGCCUGUGUCACUGAAAGAACCGCAUCGGUUCCAUCGACCGGACGGAUCAGACUUCAGCUUGGUGGAGCAGGCGACUCUGAAGGCUUUGGGUGUAAAGUCAUUGCCUGAGUGGGGGAUCACGGCGCCUAGGGAGCGAGUCAUUCCAGGAAGACUGAAGAUUCAAGAGCGCAUGAAACAGGAAGAGCUGAAGAGGCUUCAAGCUAGUGCAUAA